AUGAUUGAGCAAGGACCUAAGGAAUUGCAAGGAGAAGCUGUGGCUGUUCUUAAAGCUAUGAUGUCUUUUGAUUUUGUGUUCUGCUUGCUUCUAAUGCACAAAUUGAUGAAAAUUACUGAAGUUCUUUGUCAGACAUUGCAGCGAAAAUCUCUUGACUUCGUACAUGCUAUGAAGUUUGUUGGACAUACAAAAUCAUUUCUUCAAGAGAUGAGAGAAGAAGGCUGGGAUGACUUGGUAAGAAAUGUUGAAACUUUUUGUGAGAAACAUGAUAUUGAUAUGCCUGAUAUGAAUGCUCGUUAUAAGAAUGGUACAGGUCGUCGUUGCCAACAAAGAGAUUUCAUUACAGUUGAGCAUCAUUACCAUAUAGAUGUCUUCAAUGCUUUAGUUGAUUUUCAGUUGAGUGAGUUGAAUAGAAGAUUCUCAGACCAAACAUCUGAACUUCUUAUACUUAGUUCAACCUUGGAUCCUCGUGAUAACUUCAGUAAUUUUAAAACUGAAGGUGCAUGCAAUCUUGCAAAGAAGUAUUAUCCUGAAGAUUUUGUUGAUAGUGAAAUGUUUGCUCUAGAAUUAGAGUGUGCAUAUUAUGAGAAGGAUAUGCGUAGUGAUCCAAAGUUCCAGAAUUUGGAAUCCAUUUCUGAUUUGUGUAGAAUGUUGGUUCAAACAAGGAAGUCAGAAUUUUUCCGUAUGCUUUAUAGAUUGAUUUGUCUAGUUUUGACUAUUCCUGUUUCUACGACGACCACUGAAAGGGCAUUUUCAGCUAUGAACAUCAUUAAGAAUAAACUUAGAAACAAGAUGGAGGAUGAGUUUCUUGGUGGUUGUAUGGUCCUUCACAUUGAGAAAGAAUAUGCUGAAUCUAUUGACAAUGAAUCGGUGAUCAAAGAGUUUGAAUCUUGUGGAACUCGUAGGGUUAGAUUUAGUUAG